AUGAACAAGCUCACGAGCGUCGAGUCCCAGCAGGUCAUGUCCGUGCUGGGCGACAUGCUCGACCGCCUUAGCUUCCUCACGUACGUGCCUGUGAAGGCCGAGAGUCGCCUUCUGAGCCAGCUCCGCGAGACGGGCUGCGCCACGGGCGUCAUCGAGACCCAGUGGCAGCUCGAAGACGCGCACGCCAAAGCCGAUAGCGAUGACAAUUGGCACAAGGUCAAGGUCGCGGCGCGCAGCCUGUGUCGGCACAUGCGGGAGAACCCGGUGUUUCUCAACACGUUCUUUGGCACGCCCACCAAGGAGCCGGCCGACGACCUCCUCCAAUUCAUCAAGUUUCUAUCCGAGCUCACGGACCUCUCGUUUGCCAAGCUCGGCAAGACCGUCGAAGAAGAGACGACGCACCAAGAGUUGAUGGACACGAUCUACAACCGGCGAAAGCAAGCGGAAGACGAGCUCGUGAGUCUUCGCGACAAACUCAGCGAGUUGCGCAAAGCCAAAGAAGACGAGACGUCGCACUUGGACAUUCAGCUGCAAAAGCUCAAGGCCGAGCUCUCGACCAUCAACAAGAAUACCAACAACGAGCUCGCAAUGAUCCAGGCCCAAGUCAAGGAGACAUUGGACAAGGCUUUUGAGAAGCAAAACAUCGAUAUCCAAGCGCUGAACGAGCGCUACCUGCAGCUCACGCGCAAGCUCGAGGCCGACACGACCGAGCACCGCGACGUCGAGGACGGACUGCGCAAAGCCAAGUGCAAGAUUGGCGUCGAAGUCGCGGCGACGAUCGAAAAGUACGACGCUGAAAUGACCGUGCUGGCGACCGAGAUCGAUACGACCCAAGCACAGUACACAAAGGAGCUCAAGGAGCUCCAGGAACUCUCCGAGCACUUUAAAAAGGCACGUCGUCAGCAACGGCGCAUCGAUGCCGAGGAGAAGGUGCUCGAAGCGGUCCGCGCCGAAGAGCGCCGGCAAGUCCAAGUCUUGCACGACGCAGCAACCAAGAUUCAAAAAGUGUUUCGUGGCAACGUGGUGCGGAAGGAGCUCGCGGCCAAGAAGAAGGGCAAGAAAGGCGGCAAGGGCAAGGGCAAGGGCAAAAAGAAAAAGUAA